GGCUUUGGCUGAGCCAGAGAGCAAGGAUGGCAGCCUCGGUCACGAUGUCCGUGAGCGUCCACGAGAACCGGAAGUCCAGGACGAGCACGGGCUCUAUGAAUAUCACCCUCUUCCACAAGCCCUCCCACCCGGACUGCGUCCUGUCCCACCUCAACACCCUGCGUAAGCACCGCAUGUUCACAGACGUCACCCUCUGGGCCGGGGACCGCUCGUUCCCCUGCCACCGGGCUGUGCUGGCUGCCUCCAGCUGCUAUUUUGAGGCCAUGUUCAGCCACGGUCUAAGGGAAAGUCUGGACGAUGCGGUCAACUUCCACGACAGCCUCCAUCCGGAAGUGCUCGAGCUCCUGCUGGACUUCGCCUAUUCCUCGCGGAUCAUCAUCAACGAGGAAAACGCCGAGUCCCUGCUGGAAGCCGGCGACAUGCUCCAGUUCCACGACGUGCGGGACGCCGCGGCCGAGUUCCUGGAGAAGAACCUCUUCCCCUCCAACUGCCUGGGCAUGAUGCUCCUCUCGGACGCCCACCAGUGCCGCCGCCUCUACGAGCUGUCCUGGCGCAUGUGCCUCGGACAUUUCCAGACCGUGCAGCAGAGCGAAGACUUCAAAAACCUCUCCAAGGACACCCUCUUGGAUCUGAUCUCCAGCGACGAGCUCGAGACCGAGGACGAGCGAGUGGUCUUCGAAGCCAUUAUUCAGUGGGUCAAACACGACUUGGAGGAGCGGAAGGUCUACCUCCCGGAGCUUCUGCGCAGCGUGCGGCUGGCCCUGCUGCCCUCCGAGAUCCUCAAGGAGGCCAUCGCCUGCGAGGACCUCAUCCUGGCGGACGAGCGCAACAAACUCAUCAUGGACGAGGCUCUCCACUGCAAGAAGAAGAUCCUGCAGAACGACGGGGUGGUCACCAGCCCGUGUGCCCGGCCCCGCAAGGCGGGCCAUACCCUGCUGAUCCUCGGGGGGCAGACCUUCAUGUGUGACAAGAUCUACCAGGUGGACCACAAGGCCAAGGAGAUCAUCCCCAAGGCAGACCUGCCCAGCCCGCGCAAGGAGUUCAGCGCCUGCGCCAUCGGCUGCAAGGUCUACGUGACGGGCGGGAGAGGCUCCGAGAACGGCGUCUCCAAGGACGUCUGGGUCUACGAUACCGUCCAUGAGGAGUGGGCCAAGGCCGCCCCUAUGCUCAUCGCCCGCUUCGGCCACGGCUCGGCCGAGCUGGAGAACUGUCUCUACGUGGUCGGGGGACACACCGCCGUGGCGGGGGUCUUCCCAGCCUCCCCCUCCGUUUCGCUGAAGCAAGUGGAGAAGUACGACCCCGGGGCCAACAAGUGGACCAUGGUGGCCCCCUUGCGGGACGGAGUCAGCAACGCCGCGGUGGUGAGCGCCAAGCUCAAGCUCUUUGUCUUCGGCGGCACGAGCAUUCACCGGGACAUGGUGUCCAAAGUCCAGUGCUACGACCCCGCCGACAACCGCUGGACCAUCAAGGCAGAAUGUCCUCAGCCGUGGCGCUACACGGCGGCCGCGGUGCUGGGCAGCCAGAUCUUUAUCAUGGGGGGAGACACAGAAUUCACGGCUGCUUCUGCCUACCGCUUCGACUGCGAGACCAACCAGUGGACUCGGAUCGGGGACAUGACAGCCAAGCGCAUGUCGUGCCAUGCCUUGGCCUCAGGGAACAAGCUCUACGUGGUCGGCGGCUACUUCGGCACCCAGCGCUGUAAGACGCUGGACUGCUAUGACCCUACCUCAGACACGUGGACCUGCGUCACCUCCGUCCCGUACUCACUCAUCCCCACGGCCUUCGUCAGCACGUGGAAGCACCUGCCUGCGUGAGAAGUCCUGAGGACAGUGACGGCGACCCCAGGAAUUCAGACAGAUGCUGUCCUCCUCUUGGCCCGAUCUCUUGGCUGCAGCCUACACGGUGAUGGGGGUGCCCCGGCCCUGGUCUCUCCCUGGGAGCCUUCCUACGGCUCCCCCACACUUCCCCAUCUGAACUCUCCAGCAACCCAGAAGGCUGAAUUUGAAUGCUCAGGGCAGCCCCUAGGAGGGAGAGGAACCAGUGGAGGGCGGAGCCUCUGGAGUUUUUACAAGAAAAGAGGAGCUGCUUCCACAGACAGCUGCUGGGACCAAAGAGCCUUCCAGCGGCAGUUUUAGCCUGGGGGAGGGGCGCGGAGGCCAAGAGAGAGCAUUCGGCCUCGCUCGUCUGUGCCACACAGCUGCCAGGCCCCCCUCACCCCGUGAGGACAGUGGGAGAAGCGGCCCCCUGGGGUCAGGGAUGGGAAGGAGCCGGGGAGCCCGCAGGGGAUGACUAUUGGGCCUCCCACCCUUUGCACUAAGGUUGGCCGUUUCCUUCUGAGCCUGAAUGGACGGCGCAGCUUCAUAGACGUCCCCGAGCCUGCUCGAUCUGGAAUGUCAUCGGCCUCACGUCCGGGCUUAGAAGCCGGAUGGAGUGUUUCAGAGGCAGCCCCUGCUGGGCGGCCCAGGAGAGGGGGCAGCCGUGGGGAGGGGGCUUCUGAGCACCCAGGUGUCGGGGCGUUCUGCCUCACUGGCUCCGGCCGAGGGGGCAUCGUGACCGAAGAAGACAGAGCCUGAGAGGCGGAAGAGCCCUUUUAGUGUUCAACCCACCCGCGGGCCAAAAGUGGAGACCCCCCCCCCCCCCGUGUCUCCCUUGAAGCCACCUCUUAGUGUCUCCCCAGAGUCCUCAGGGGCUUCUGCCUUCAUGGCUCUGCAGUGCUAACCAGGGAAGGUUUGCCGGGCUGCCUUCUAUUUGCUGUCUGGUUCUUCCCCUCGGCCCUCCCCUACAAACACCGGAGAAAGACACACCAAAGGGGGAGUGGAGAGAAUCGCCAGACCUCCUCAGUCCGGCCGCUCCUGGCAGGAGCCACCAUCGUCCAGCUCGUGUUUAACAAAUCUGCUUUUCGUGAUGCUGAAGCUCGUCCAGGUCCGGCGGCUCUGAUCUAAGGGAGCAGAGGGCUUCUCUUUUGCCAGGGGCUCCCUGAAUCCUGUGGCACCCCCACAUUGCAGCCGUGUGGAGGGGCCAGUGCCUGGCUCGUUAGCCGCCUGCCAGUGGGACGCUCGCUACAUUCGGUUGACCCAAACUGACGAUGCGGUAACUUUAGAGAACGUCGCCUCGAUUUCCCCGGCCGUCCUGCCAGCCUCAUCCGGCAGCUUCUCUCUUUGCAAAGUAGGAUUACUAGUCAGGACCGUGGCCCAGCCCUGCAGGACGAGUGUCUGACCCUUGCUAGGUGAAUCAUUGGUUUCUUAUACUUUAGGGCUUUCCUGGCUUCCAAGAGGUUCUCCAUUUAGCCCCCCUGGAAGGGCUGAUUCCAUCACCGCUAAGAGUCAGUGAGGUUAGAUUGUGAACAUUCUUCUUGCCAGAGAUUCAGGGGUCCCCUGUGCCGUCCCGCAGGAAGCAGUGGCUGCUACACCGGGUAGGACACCAGGCAGAAGGGUCUGGACAACAUCCUGUAGGAGUCGGGCCCCAUCCUGGCCCAGGGAUGGAGAAGUGACCCUCGCAAGAUGUGGGGCACUCACUACCCGCUGGUCUUGAAAGGAAGAGUCCUCUUUGGCCUCGUUAUUGGUGGUGAGCUGAGAAAAGCACACAGAGUCCUCACACAGCCUUCAUAUGCACAAAAGACAAUUCUGUUGGUUUACUGAAAAUUGUGUAGCUUUUACCCAGUUUUCUAACAAUAAAAGAUUAUAAGAAA